GUAGGAACCCAGAGCAGGAUUCUUCCAGAGUCCCUGGGUAAGGCAAACUGCUUCUUUCUGAGCGCUAGGGCGGGGAGGGGGGGUUCCGUGCUGAGUUGGGAGGCGGGCACCUGGAGACUGGAUUCGGAGAGCCACUCUGGGGAGCAACUUGGACAUUGAUUUUACGCCCGCUCAGUCUUCUGGUGCUCUUGGACUCCUGUGGUGCCAAGGGAAAACACUACCUUGAGAUGGCCUUCCCUCCUGCUGCUCUGUUUCAAGGUGGAAUUUUGUGUGCAUCACCAGAAGCUUCAGCUCUGGAGGGCGUAGGGCGGAAGGAAGGCGAGGACUGCAGUUCCUGGAAGAAACAGACCACCAACAUCCGCAAGACCUUCAUCUUCAUGGACGUGCUGGGGUCGGGAGCUUUUUCCGAAGUCUUCCUGGUGAAGCAAAAGGUGACAGGGAAACUCUUUGCCCUGAAGUGCAUUAAGAAGUCCCCUGCUUUCCGGGACAGCAGCCUGGAGAAUGAGAUCGCUGUGUUGAAAAAAAUCAAGCAUGAGAACAUUGUGACCCUGGAGGACAUCUAUGAAAGCACCACUCACUACUACCUGGUCAUGCAGCUAGUUUCUGGUGGGGAGCUCUUUGACCGGAUCCUGGAGCGGGGUGUCUACACGGAGAAGGAUGCCAGCCUGGUGAUCCAGCAGGUCCUGUCUGCAGUGAAAUAUCUCCAUGAGAAUGGCAUUGUCCACAGAGACUUAAAGCCAGAAAACUUGCUGUACCUCACCCCAGAAGAGAACUCUAAGAUCAUGAUCACAGACUUUGGUCUGUCCAAGAUGGAGCAGAAUGGUGUCAUGUCCACUGCCUGUGGGACUCCAGGUUAUGUAGCUCCAGAAGUGCUGGCCCAGAAACCUUACAGCAAGGCCGUGGAUUGCUGGUCCAUUGGUGUCAUCACUUACAUACUGCUGUGCGGAUACCCUCCGUUCUACGAAGAAACCGAAUCGAAGCUAUUUGAGAAGAUCAAGGAGGGCUCCUACGAGUUUGAGUCUCCAUUCUGGGAUGACAUUUCUGAGUCAGCCAAGGACUUUAUUUGUCACCUGCUGGAGAAGGACCCGAAUGAACGAUACACCUGUGAGAAGGCCUUGAGGCACCCCUGGAUUGAUGGAAACACUGCCCUCCACCGGGACAUCUACCCCUCAGUCAGUCUCCAAAUCCAGAAGAACUUUGCCAAGAGCAAGUGGAGGCAAGCCUUCAAUGCAGCCGCUGUGGUACACCACAUGAGGAAGCUACACAUGAACCUGCACAGCCCAGGGGGCCGCCUGGACGUAGAAAACAGGUCGCCCAUCACUCAAACUUCUGAAGCCUCAAGACCCGCCUCCCCUGAGAUCACCAUCACCGAGGCACCUGCCGUGGACCAGAGCACCCCGCUCCCCACGCUGCUGCCUCAGCUGCCCUGCCAGCACAGUCCCCGGCCUGCCACCCCAGGUGCCAGGUCCCUCAACUGCCUAGUAAAUGGCUCCCUCCGCAUCAGUAGCAGCCUGGUGCCCAUGCAUCAUGGGUCCCUGGUCGCUGGGCCUUGUGGCUGCUGCUCCAGCUGCCUGAGCAUUGGGAGCAAGGGGAAGUCUUCCUACUGCUCCGAGCCCACACUCUUCAAAAAGGCCAACAAAAAACAAAACUUCAGGUCAGAGGUCACAGUGCCAAUGAAAGCCGGAGGCAGCUCUCACUGCCGAACAGGGCAGACUGGGGUCUGUGUGAUCAUGUGAUGCUUAGAGUCUGGGCAUGUGUCACUGUACUUUUCAGGAGAGAUGGUCCAGUCUUCUCUGCCCUCCCACACCCGGUGCCUGCUUGGCAGAGGGAAGGAGAAAGUACAGCAGGUGCUGGCAGGAGCAGUUUCUGGUCAGAAGCACCUGCCGGCUGCUGCCUGGGGCACAGACUUCACAGGGGACCCCAGGAGGGAGCCCCUGGGCCCGGAGGGUCCUUCACACUGCUGUGAGCAGGAGGAACGACACUGGCCGGCUUCCAGGUCUCCCGACCUGCCUGCUCUAUGCCCCCCUGCAACCCAGUGUCCCUAGAUAGUUCCCACCCGGGUCUGUGUUGUUGCUAUUGAAAGCUUCACGGGCUGGCCCAGCUGUGCCACCUCCUCUAAGCAAAGCCAUACAGAACAUGCGCCCAGGACAGCCUGCUCUGUGCACACUAGCUCCUGCCUCUCUGGCCCCACCCUCCUGGCCAAGGCCAGGCACUCUGAUACAACUGCCUGCCCACCUGCAUGACAGCCAGGCGGCUCCCAGGGCUUUGCCUGUGAGUGCUCCACAUGCUGUUCCCCGACUCCAGGAUUAGCUCUCCACCAGCUAUCACCACGCUGACACCCAGCCAGCCUCUUCCUCGCAGGCACACUGUGCAGCUUUUGCCCGGCUGUGGUCUCACACCAGGCCACACCUCGACG